AUGUCCCGAGAUAUUAAAGAGUUUCUAUAUGCAUGGCUUGGUCGAAACAAAUACGGUAAUCCUGCGUAUGACACGAAAGGUGAAACAAGGGGCGCUCGUUCAAGAUUCAAAUGUGAACUACGCGUUCCUAGUUUCAACUAUGUCGCAUUUGGUAACUCCUCGAACAAAAAGGAUGCUGCAACCAAUGCUGCUCUCGACUUUUGCCAGUUCUUGGUUCGAGACGGAAAGAUGCAGCAAAGCGAAAUUCCGAGUUUGACGUCUUCGAGCCUUGAAACACCAACUUGGCAAGAUGCUAGUUCUUCGGAGCCCGGGACGAUCUUCUGUGGAGGGGAGGAUGGAAUGAGUAUGCCCUCUAACGAUACACAGGGAUCGCAAUACGCUCAACCAAAGAAACCUAGAUAUCCGUGGAGUAACGCAUAUCAACGAGAUGAAGGCACUCAUGAAGAGUAUGUCACCCAAAAAGCGGAUGAAAUCACCGCUUCUGAAACUGUUGAUCAUAAAUCAAGUUUUCAUGGAGGAUGGACAAUGGAGAAUUCUAAAAAAGCUCUGAACGAGUAUACACAAAAAAUGAAACUUCCACAAGUUGUUUACACAACUAAAAUAAAAGAAGCAAAUACUGUCAGAACGAUGGAAACGACCGCUCAGCUUUAUGUCCCUCAACUGAAUAAAACACUCAUCGGAAAAGGCUCUGGUUCUAACAAGAAAGUUUCGGAAUCCGGAUGUGCUAUGAAUGUCGUGCGCCAAAUGUUCCAUCUGAACAUAAUGCAAGCGUACACUGGGCCAACUAAGAAAAACAAAGUCAGCACGCUUCCUGACAUCAGCGUAAGCCUCCCAGAAGUUCUCUCAACGCGUGUUGUUGAUUACGUUAAAUCCUGUGGCCUUGAGUUACCAAUCAUUGAUGAAGCGACUUCGUCAGCAGAAGCUCCUACGACACUUCUUACUGAUAUCAAACUAGCACAGUUUCCUAUUUCUGAAAAUUGUACUGCUUCAAGCAUCUCUUGGGCUCCACCACUUCAAAAUUGGAAUCCAUGGAGAGCAUCGAAUAUUGACGAACCGCCACUAGCAUUUAUGACGAUGGAACAAAUCAGUCAACGCAUCAACGAAAAAGAAGAGGCCAAACUAGGAGAACCACUGGACGCAAUCAACGCUCAACGUCGAGAUCUUCCUGUAGCACAAUUCCGUGAUGACAUCGUGCAGACUGUUGCAAAUAAUCGAGUGACUUUGAUCAAAGGAGAGACAGGAUGUGGAAAAAGUACUCAAGUUGCUCAGUUCCUACUCGAAAGUUUCAUCGACAAAAAGCAAGCAGCUCAUUUCAAUGCCGUAGUCUCACAACCUCGUCGUAUAUCUGCCAUAUCUCUUGCUGAACGUGUUGCCAACGAAAGAGGAGAAGAUGUUGGAGAAACAUGCGGUUAUAAUGUUCGGUUUGACAAUGCCACUCCGCGUCCAUAUGGUUCAAUCAUGUUUUGUACUGUUGGAGUGUUGCUUAGAAUGAUGGAAAACGGACUUCGUGGAAUUUCACACGUUAUCAUUGACGAGAUUCAUGAGAGAGACGUUGAUACUGAUUUCGUACUCAUUGUUCUUCGUGAUAUGAUCAGUCAAUUCAAAGAUCUUCGCGUCGUUUUGAUGUCAGCCACAAUUGACACCAAUUUGUUCACCAACUUCUUCGGAUCAGCUCCGGAAAUUGGACCAACUCCAGUGAUCACAAUGCAUGGAAGAACAUUUCCUGUUCAAGCAUUCUAUUUGGAAGAUAUCAUACAAAAUCUUCGCUACAUGCCCGAUGAGCCAGAACAAAGAAAAAAGAAGAAGGGCGCUGCUCCACCGGAAGAUGACGAGGGAGACGAGGAAGUAGAUGAUAAGGGUAGAAAUAUGAAUCUUUUAACUGAUCCCUCAAUUAACGAAUCACUAAAAGUUGCCAUGUCUCGUAUUUCGGAGAAAGAUAUUCCAUAUGGAGUCAUCGAAGCCACUCUAGUAGAUAUUGCUAACCGUGGAGUCGACGGAGCUGUUCUUAUCUUUCUUCCUGGUUGGGCAGAGAUCAUGAGUCUCUGUAAUCGCCUUUUAGAACAUCAGGAGUUCGGUCAGACUUCAAAGUAUGAAGUGUUGCCGUUACAUUCGCAGUUGACAAGUCAAGAGCAAAGGAAAGUGUUCAAUCAUUAUCCAAACAAGCGAAAGAUUAUCAUUUCGACUAAUAUCGCGGAGACCAGUAUUACUAUUGAUGACGUUGUCUAUGUCAUUGAUUCUUGCAAGGCCAAAGAAAGAAUGUAUACUUCAAACAACAAUAUGGUUCAUUUUGCAACUGUAUGGGCCUCAAAGACUAAUGUAAUUCAAAGAAGAGGUCGUGCUGGACGUGUUCGUGCUGGAUAUGCAUUCCAUUUGUGCAGUAGAAUGAGAUUCGAAUCUCUCGAUGAACAUGGAACUGCUGAAAUGCUCCGUAUCCCGCUGCAUCAAAUCGCUCUGACUAUUAAACUACUCCGCCUAGGAUCUGUUGGAGAUUUUCUUGGAAAAGCUCUUGAGCCACCUCCAUAUGAUAUGGUUGUUGAAAGUGAAGCUGUCUUGCAAGCUAUGGGAGCUCUUGAUCGUAAUUUGGAAUUGACCAGUCUUGGAAAAAUGCUUGCUCGGAUGCCAAUAGAGCCGGUUAUAGCCAAAGUUCUUAUUCUCGGAACUGCUCUUGGUGCUGGCUCGGUGAUGUGUGACGUGGCAGCAGCGAUGUCGUUCCCGACUCCAUUUGUUCCACGUGAGAAACACCAUUCCCGGUUGAGUGGUGUUCAAAGAAAGUUCACUGGAAACAAGUUUUCGGAUCACGUUGCACUUGUUUCCGUUUUCCAAAGUUAUCGUGAAGCUUCUCAAAUGGGAAAUUCAGCUGCCAUUGAACGGGAAUUCUGUGAGCGUUUUUCAGUGAGCAAUCCUGUUCUGAAAAUGACUGAAGGAGCAAGAAGACAAUUGGUGGAUGUCCUUCGCAAUCAAUGUUCCUUCCCAGAAGAUAUUCUUUUCGAUGUACAAGUUAACGUGAAUGGUCCCGAUCGUGAACUAAAUUUGAUGCGAUCUCUACUUGUGAUGGCUCUCUACCCAAAUGUCGCUUACUACACAGGAAAACGGAAAGUAUUGACUAUAGAACAGUCGAGCGCUCUGAUCAAUAAAUACUCAGUACUCGUUCCGAUGAACAAUAGACAAGAAAUGGAAUUGCCCAGUCCCCUUCUUGUGUUCACCGAAAAAGUUCGUACUAGAUGUAUCUCUUGUAAAGGAAUGUCUGUCAUCACUGCAAUUCAACUCCUCGUAUUCGGCAGUCGCAAAAUUGAGUGUAUUGGAGAAGGACUUGUUCGAGUGGACGACACGAUAACAAUACGUAUGGAUGUUCCCACUGCUGCUGCUCUCGUGGGUCUUCGCCCAUGCAUUGAAGCCCUUCUCGUAAGAUCUUGUGAAAAUCCAGAGUCGCUUGGUGUUAUGAAUUCAAGCGAUGCGGAACUUCGUCAACUUCUUCGGGACAUAUCUUCUGAAGAUUUCAUGUCGCAAGCUGGUCCAAUCAGAGAUAGUUUGCUUACAGACAAUGCCAUAAUUCAAAUGCCAACAGCUCCGCAAAAUCGUUCAAACAAUUCGUAUUCAGAUUGGGGACCAACUUCGUCGAAUAAUUCAUCUUUUCAAGCCGACUCGUCCUAUCAAAACAUUCCAGGAUCACAACAAAGCUACUCUCCAGGUUACGGUGGUGCGGGAGGUGACUGGAACAGUAAUUCUUCACGUGGUGCAUAUGGAGGUGGUGAUAGUGGAUACGGAGCUCCGGGAAGCAAUGACGGGUUCCGAGGAGGACGUGGUGGAAGAGGUCGUGGUGGUAACCGAGGAUGGAACGCAUCGCAAUGGUAA